CUGACUACUCCAGCCACGAACUUAGCAUACUCUCGAGUUGCGAAUAAGUCCAUUGAAAAGCCCGGCACCGCUACUACUACCGAUCCCAUAGAACUCAACCCUUACGACCUUGAAGAUGCCUCCAGUUUGUACCGACCAGGAACCCACCCGGGUCCUGACCGAUCGCCUGAUAGAUUUAGUGAUAGGGAUCCGGAGGAGGAGGAGUUUUGGAAUAUUAGCCACAUCUUCAUUGAUGUUAAAUUCCACCGUGUCAGGGGUCACCGUUGCGAUGAUUACGAGAAGCUCUUGAAGAAAUGGGGACCCCAGGUGUUCUGCAGCCCAAGCGGAUAUUAUAUUUGUUCUGGUGGUAAGAUCCACUUGUAUCGGGCCAGAAUGGCAGCCAAAGACCUAUACAAAUUUUGGAAGCAAGGUCGAGAGGGAGUGUUUGACACCAAUUCCGUCUCGGUUACCCCUCUCGCAAUCUUUCACGAAGGAGAAGAAGACGAUGAUGAUCCUGCUGAGCCAGAGAAAUUGAUUGUUAUGUGA